AUGUUUCAUACCGCUCAAUGGACUUCGAUUCACUCCUCGGCUACACCUCCUCUCAGCUCCAUCAAAAUUUGGGCUCACCUCACUGGUGUUCCCUUGGACCUGCGUUACAACAAAGGUCUCGGAUUGGUUGCUGGUUUGAUAGGUGAUCCUAAAGAGACCGAUGACUUCACGCUCAAUCUAGUGAGUCUGACCUUGUCUCAUGUUAAAGUAGAAGUGGAUCUUACCAAGCCGUUGCCGUCUGUGGUUGAGUUUGAAAGACAAAGCGGUGAGGUGGUAGAGGUCCAAGUAGAUUAUCCAUGGCUGCCUCCCAAAUGCUCUCAUUGUCAUGAGCUUGGUCAUGUCAUUCAUAACUGCUUGCUCUACACGCCACCGAAAGAUCCACCGCCAACGGCAAAAGUUCCUGUGGAGAAACAAAAACAAAAAGCUUCAGUGAAUCCGAAAAAGCAAUCAGAAAAAUCUACAACUGGAAAGCAGUAUGUACCGAAGAAAACAUUUCCUCCUAAAACUCCUGAAAAGACUAUGGCCCAAUCUUCUUCCCUCCCCACUAGCCCUACUGCGUUUAAAACGCCCUCUUUCAUCCCUCCCUCAGCUCUAAAACAUCCCUUUACUGCCACUGAAAGUCUUUCUGACAAGCCACACAAACCAUCACUUAAAAGAACCCGUUCUUCUCCAACUUUCUCCCCUCCCGAACCACCAAAAAUUUCCUACCAAUCCUCUAAGCCUUCACUUUCUCUUCCUUUUCCAGAGGUUGGCACUUUGAACUACCUAAAAACCGCCCCUUUUAUAAACUCUUCCACAAAAAACCCUUUUUACCUUUACUUUCUAUUUCUGAACCCCUCCAGAGACUGGCACUAUCUAUCUAAUCACCUAUCUGAUGAGGAUGGCAGAAUUGUGCUAAUUUGGAAGGAUCCGGCUAAAGUCACUAUGAUCUCUCAGUCGCGACAAAUGAUCACUUGUGAACUACGAUUGCCUAAUUGUGCACCUAUCAUCUAUUCUGCUAUCUAUGCAUCAAACAUCAUGGAGGAAAGAACUGACCUCUUGGUUGAGUUGUUGAAUUUGAACUCCACUCAUGGGUUGGAUUCUAGACCCUGGAUGAUAGGAGGCGACUUUAAUCAGAUCCUACACUCUCAUGAACACUCCAGCUUCUCUCACAGUAGACAUGCUUCUCCUAUGUUUCAAUUUCGUGACUGUCUACUUCAGCUAGGAGUGUUUGAUCUUCGCUACUAUGGUCCUGUGCAUACAUGGACAAACAAACGAGAUGUUACACAUGUAGCAAAAAAGCUGGAUCGAUGCUUAAUCAACAUCGAGUGUCUUACUGCCUUUCCCAAUGCCACUGCGACUUUCCUUCCUCCUGCACCCUCUGAUCAUACACCUUGCCUAACUGACCUAGCCUUCCAACUCCCCCAAGCCGGUACCCCUCCCUUCCGUUUCUUUAUCCACUUGACCAAACACCCGAGCUUUCUAAAGGUUGUUACUGAAGCUUGGUUGCACGCCGGAAGCACUUCCUCUGACCUUGCGUCGCUGUGUUGGAAGCUAAAAAACAUAAAAAGGAGUCUUAGAAAUCUUAAUAAAGAAAAUUUCUCAAAUAUCCAACAGAGAGUGAUUGAGUCUUACCGUUUGCUACAACUUGUGCAGGUACAUGCCCUUACUGAUCCCACUCCAGAAACAUUUGCAGCAAAACGUGAUCAGAAUAUGCAAUGGCAGUUUCUGCGACAGAUAGAGGAAUGUUACUUUAUGCAAAAGUCGAGAAUAACGUGGCUGAGGGAAGGAGACUUUAAUACUACUUACUUCCACCGGGUUUGUCAAGUCAGAGCCAGUUUCAACGCAAUUCGCUCGUUCCUCCUCUCUUCAGGUGUUGUGAUCACUGAUCCCUUGGCGAUGAGUGCUCAUGCAAUCUCACACUUCCAGGCUGUACUUGGUCCUGUAACUCUCCAAGUGCUUUGGUACUCCCCGACUGCUUGGUUUCAUAGCCUUACAGCAAUCACCUGUACUCAACAACAAAGGAGCUCUAUACUUUUAAUGCCAACAGCAGAGGAAAUAACCAAGCUUAUGUUUUCUCUCAAUCCUAACAAAGCUCCUGGGCCGGAUGGACUCACCUCGGGGUUCUUUAAAGCUUCUUGGUCACUGCUGGGAGAAGAGUGCAUUGCCUCGAUUCAGACAUUCUUCAACUCAGGUUUCCUGCCCAAAACAACCAACUCAACAAUAUUGUCAUUGGUUCCAAAGUUCACGGGUGCCUCUAAGAUAUCAGACUACCGCCCUAUCUCAUGUCUAAAUACGCUUUACAAAUUAGUUUCAAGACUCUUAGUGAGACGCCUAAAGCCUAUACUUCAGGACCUAAUCUUGCCUAAUCAGACUGCUUUUGUGGAAGGGAGAUUGCUUGUAGAGAACACGGUGUUAGCAAGUGAGCUAGUUAAUGGCUACCACAAGAACAGAGGGAGCAAGAGGAUUACCAUAAAGGUGGAUAUAGCAAAGGCCUUCGACACUCUUUCGUGGGACUUCCUUUUUGCAGCAUUGGAAAGUUUGGAGCUUCCUGCUCCCUUCAUCCGGCUUCUCAGAGCAUGUAUCUGCACGACAUCGUUCAUGGUUGGUUAUCACACUGCGCGAGUGAGCUGGGAGACGGUAACACUUACUAAGGAACAAGGGGGGCUAGGAGUUAAGGAUCUCCACAAAUGGAACCUCGCUUGCUUGCUAAAACUUGUGUGGAUGCUCUUCUUCCGUCCUAAAUCCGUUUGGGUCUGUUGGUUCAAAGAGGUCAUCUUAAGAGGCGAUAUUUCCAAUUACUGGACAGUCAAGACGAGCACAAACUACUCCUGGUUAGUUAAUAAGAUGAUUAAAGUGAGGGAUCUAGUUUACCCUUUGCUGCAUCGUCACUUGGGGAAUGGAGAGACAACCCGUUUUUGGUUUGAUAACUGGUCACCUAUGGGACAACUGUACACUAUUCUAAAUGCAAGCUCUUCUCGCCUGGGUAUACCGAAGUCAGCAACAGUGGCUUCUCUAUUCUCAAAUGGUCACUGGUCCCUCCCACCUGCAAGAACAGAGAAUCAAUUAGCUCUUCAGGUUCACUUGACUACAGUCACGCUAGCGGAAGAGGCAGAUUACUACGAAUGGAUUAUAGACGGCAAACUGAGACAGAGAUAUAAAACGGGUGAAGUUUACACUUAUCUCAAAGGUCCUCUACAAACUGUCCCGUGGGCUAAGAUCGUUUGGGUUUCCUACGGGAUUCCUCGUCAUAGCUUCCUCACUUGGUUGGUGUUACUGGAUCGGUGCCCUACAAAAGACAGAUUAAUCAGAUGGGGAAUGAAUGUCACCCCUCUCUGCCUUCUCUGUAACUCUAGCCAUGAGAAUCGAAAUCACCUUUUCUUUGACUGUGUUUACAGCGCCACUAUUUGGAGACAGAUCAUGGAUCGCUGCGGUUUCCACUCAUCAACUUCGUGGGACAGUAUCGUAACUCAACUACAAGCCUUGCAGGUUAACCGUGACUGUAGACGUCUGACACUGAUCGCUACUCAAGCCACUAUCUACUGGAUUUGGUCUGAGCGCAAUAAAAGGCUUCAUCAACAAACCUUCAGACCGCCGGAUGUUCUCUUCUCACUGAUCGACAAGCAGGUAAGGAACCGAUUGCAGAGCAUCAGACAUGCAAACCCGAGGGCAUCGUCAGCGAUGUCUCAGCUUUGGUUCCUUCGAUCAUGA